CGUCUCAUCCAAGCACCGACCUCAAACCCUCUUACCAGCUAACAAACCGCCGUUCCUGCGCGAUCGUACACCGCUUACCUUUGAGCCGUUGCAAGAAUACAGGCAAAGGAGCGGGUGGACAGAGACAGCCGGCGUGCAGAAACAGAGGCGUGGAGGGGCAGGGCCAAGCUCAGCGAAGCGGUAGUGCAUGGCCAGCUUGCAAGCCUAUAUUAGCACUCGUCCCGGUCUUUCCCCGUCGCACUCCUCUCGGUCGUGAUCACGCUCUUUCAGCGCGCGAACUGCAUGGGUCCUGACGGCGAGACUUCCUCGCCCUCUGAAGACGGUGCCUUGCGGCGCGGGCCUGGGCGAGGCGACGAGGAACAGGAUGGCGUCGCAGCCGUCUCACCCUCUUCCACUUCGGCCUCGGUCAUGCACACCCCCCUGACAUCGACCUCGACGAGCCCAAAGCUCAAGGAAGCUAGGCUUUCACAGUCGACCUCCACGGCAGCACCUGCUUCGCCCAAAUUCCAGGUCGCCAACAGCUUGACUUCGGCUCGAUCCUCGAUUGGGGCCAAUGCGAUGAGUGGCUCCUCGGCUGUCCGACGGGCAGGGGGUUGGAGGGGUUCCUGGGCAGCUCCGAGGACUCCAAAAAGCAGCGCAGGGGGCAGCAAUAACGGAGACGCCGUCGAUUCGCCGCCCCUCACAGGCGAUCAGGCGCAUGGCUCUACAUCAUCAGCCGCAACGCUCUCGGCAACAUUGACAUCGGCCGAGGGAGAAGCAGCUGCAGAGGGCGCCACGCUUUGGGAUCAGGUGCGUGUCCCGCCCAUGAUGUCGCCGCCGGAAGGGUCUGUCAGGGAGCUUCCGGGAUCUGGCAUGGCCACCAGCCCAGUCGCCGAGACCUCUUCGUCUGCUGCGCAGGCGCUGUUGGGCAAGAGCAAUGCUGUUCAGCCCUCAUCCGCCGACUCGCAUGCCUUGCCGUCGACAUCAUCGCUGUCAUCGACAGCACCUUGGGAAAGAGAUCCAGCACGGGCAGGCAACUACGACUGGGCGAAUUUUGUCUACGCAUACGCGCGAGGCCGGUGGAACCCGGUGCAGCUGCCCCACCCUCCCGGACGCUCAAACGCCAUCCCGGGCGCGUCGACUGUCAUCAGCUCGGAAGAGGUGCUACAACCGCCUUCAGAUCCAUCUUCGCCCUCUGGCUCGAUACGCAGGCCCUCGCUCACCUAUCCAGAUAUUGACGAGGCAGACAUCGAUGGCAAGCUCUCUGCUGCAGCCGCCUCGAUUGUGUCCCCACGUACGAUGCCAGCCGCACUGGCUGCGCAGUCCAAGACGACGACGACGCCGCCGCCGCCGCCGCCGCAACAGACCAUCAGCAGUGCCCUCCUCUUCGGAGAUGCAAUUGAGACGAGCGCUGAAGCACCCCCCUCGCCUCGAGAGCGCAUGGCCAGCGUUCCUGUUCCGGCCAAGGACAAGCAAGCAGACCGCAAAGCCAUUGCCGGUCCCUCGCAUCCCACGGCAGCCACGGGCGGCCAGCCUUCGCUGUCAAGCUCCAAGACAAUGUUUACCGAUCCCUUCAAUGUCAUCCAGCUCGUCACCUCGAGUGCGCCCGAGAUCGGCAUGGCGGCCACCCUGGGCGACACGGCUCAGAAGCUAAUGAACGACAAUAGGGCCUCGACGUCGCCCAGCUCGGUAGCUGCUUCGUCAAAUCUCGGCAUCGGUGGUGGGAGGUCGAGCUCGCAAGUCGAAACUCUUUCGCGGACACCCUCAGAGAGAAGACCCAAGCCCAAGACGGACGACUCGGUCUGGUUCCCAUCCUCGGUCAGAGAGGGUGAGCGUUCGUCACCCUCAACCUCACGACCCUCGCAAUCUUCUAGCAGCGGACCAUCCUCGUCAAUUGCUGCGCCGAGACCGACAUUCAUCACCCAGGUGAGCGAUCUGAACCUUGGGGCAGGCUAUCGCACAGUCGGUCCCGGCCCGGCCGUCUCCUCGUCUGCGAGUCCUUCGACGCUGGCGAACAGCGCUUCUCUUCCCAGCAUCGCCCCAUCAAAAUCAGCAGGUAGUCAGCAGACGCAGAGACCCCUGCCCACCCCAGUCCAGGAGCCGGGGCUCUUAGAGGACAACAAGGACGACAUCCCAAAACACGCCUGGACAUCGGCCCCUGAGGGGAUCUCGCUGCUCCGUCGCAGCCAAAGCGGCACUAAGUUAGGUCCUGUGGAAGUGGUGCACGCGGGUCCAAGUAGCGGGGAAGGGCGUAUCCACGAAGAAGCCGGCAUCACGGUCAGUGGACCGCUCAGGUCACUCUCGGGAGAAGACUUCGCAUCGAGCAGCUUGGAUGUUCUACGAAGGGCAGCGAGGCGACGAUCGAGCCUGCGACGCUCUCAAGACUCACAUGGCAACAUCGCUGUCACAUCACAUAGCAACAGCUAUCCGAGUGUGAGCAUGGUGGGACUUCAACAAGAGAACAGCGGCGGCUCCAUCUGCGUCCCCUCGCUAGGUGGGCAGAUGACAGAGGAGCAGUAUCAUGAACCCUCCUCGACAGUGACGGCAGCGCGGAAUCGGUCAGAUCCUAACAUAGAGCCACCGACGGCAGCUCUGCCAGUACCCAGCGGCAACACGCGCUCUCGCACUAAUUCCGAGCUUGUUGCAGCUGGUGCAGGCCCAACAUCGGCUUCCAAGCCCCUGCAACGGCUUGGUGCCAUUGGGCAGACGAAUAGCAGCCCGAGCCUGUCGAAUUACCUCAACGUCGGCAAGCGUGUGGAGCUCUUCUACAAGAAGCACGGCUAUCUGCCGGCCAUCUUGCCGCCGGACGAGGCCGACAGAAGGCAGGCAUUGCGACGGUACGGCCCGCCCAAGCUCAAGGGUGAUGUCAAUUUUGAUCGGAUCGCACACUUGGUCAAGCUCGUCUUCAACACAAAGGUGGUCCUCAUCAGUCUGGUCAAUGAAAAGACGCAGUUCUUCCAGACCGAGGUAGGGUCGAUGAGCAGCGACUUCACCACGCCUGAUUGGCUUCAGCGCGUGGCCCAGAGCCGAGACUGCUCGCUGUGCUCACAUGCCAUCCUUCAGACCACCGACGAGCCUCUGGUCAUUCUCGAUGCGGAGAGGGACUGGCGUUUCGCGGGCAACCCUUUGGUUACAGGUCCCCCCCACAUUCGCUUCUACGCAGGAAGUCCUCUAAGAACGUCGGACGGCUUUAAUCUUGGCAGUCUCUGCAUCAUCGACGAUCGUCCAUGGACCGAGUUUAACCCCCGGCAGCGCCACACUCUCAAGGAAUUUGCAAGAGUCGUGAUGCGAGAGAUGGAUCUCAUCAGAGACACUAUUCAACUACGGCUUCGAGAUGGCAUGCAGCAUUCGAUCGAGACUUUCACAAGAGAGUGUCUCGAAUUGGAGCAGUCAGAUGGUGGAAACGACAAGGAUCAGCAACCACAGCAACAGCAGCAGCAGCAACAGCAGCAACAGCAGCAACAGCAGCAACAGCAGCAACAGCAAGGAGGCGAGGACGGCAACGGGCUCCACCAAGUGUAUGCCUUUGCGGCAAAGGGCAUGCGCGAGGCCCUGCGUGCAUCGGGCGCAAUCGUCUUCGACCUGUCGCACUUUGAGCUCGUCGUUUCGUCGCCGCAGGAAGACGACGGUGGGAGCAAGAUCUUCUUCCCUAGUCCGUACCAGAAUCCCGAUGUGACGCCCUUCGUCAGCUUUGACAAUCCGGUGACGCUCGAUUCGCUCAGGUCACCCGAUGCUAUGGGUGAUGGUGCUGAUGAUGGCAAGCUCGGGCAAAAGACGGUACCCGCGAUGGCGGUCUUGGGCGCCUCGGAGACGUGCACACCGCCGGCGGGGCGAGAUCAGCCCGUGCCCUUGGCGCACUACAUUCGUGUCGCCGAAUUCCUUCGACGCCACCGCACCGGUUGCUACUAUCCCUUUGCGCCCGCGCCCUUUCGCCAUCUUCUGCCACCGGGCAUGUCCAACGUCCUCCUGGUUCCCAUCUUUGGCCUCAACAAGCAACCCUUCGCCCUCCUGUGCGCCUACUCAAAGCCCUCGGAGGGCGGUCCGACUUUGGAAGACAUCAAGGACUCGGGGCUCCAGUAUCUUCGGGCAAUGGGUACCAUUAUCCUGAGCGCUAUUCUCAAAAAGGACAUUAUGUUGGCGGACAAGGCGAAGAGCCACUUCAUCUCCAAUAUCUCCCACGAGCUCCGUACUCCGCUUCAUGGCAUCUUGGCCGCCGCCGAGCUGCUGGCCGAAACGAAGCUCAACUCGACGCAGGGUUCUUAUCUCGAGACGGUCGAGGCCUGCGGCAAAUCUCUCCUUGAAUUGGUCAAUCACGUCCUUGACUUCACAAAGCUCAGCGGCAACAUGCACAGCAGCCAGCAGGCGGCGUCUAAGCCGUCGCAGUGGAGCGAUCUGGUCCGACUGGUCCAAGAGGUGUGCGAGAGCAGCUUCAUUGGACAGAUGGCCCGCAAGCUUGAGAGUCAGCAGUCGUCGGGCAUUGGCAGUGCCUAUGCAAAGGGAUCCGACUCGGUUGCCUCCUCCAGGUCGUCAUCUUCGCCCUCGUCGACCAGCUUGAGCAACAAUAGCAAGGCACUCAUGCACGACGUCGAAACCGUCAUCGAUGUAUCGAUGCGCAAGGAUGGCUGGCUUGUCCGGUGCGACGCUGGAGGGAUUCGAAGGGUGUUGAUGAACCUGAUCGGCAAUUCGCUCAAGUUCACCAGCCACGGCUUCGUCCAUGUAUCUCUGCGCGAGGUCCAGAGCACCGAGACUCACGUCGUCGUCGAGCUCGGUGUCACCGAUACGGGCAAGGGCAUUUCGCGCACCUUUCUUGAGGAGCAACUCUUCCAUCCCUUUACACAGGAGAAUCACCUUGGUCCGGGAACAGGUCUUGGUCUUUCGAUCGUCAACAGCAUCGUCCAGAGUCCGGCCAUCAAUGGCAAGAUUGAUGUCUGGAGUACGCUGGGCCAGGGCACUGAGAUUCGCGUCACAUGCGAAUUGGAGCUGUGCAAGCCAGAAGACAUUGAGGGUACCACGUACCAACCUGCGCUCAACGUCGAGGGUCAACGUUCAAUCACGAUGCUGGGCUUCAAGAGCGAUUCUCGAGGAGACAGCGACCUCAAGGAGGUUCUCAACAGUUAUUAUGUCGACUGGUGGCGAUUCCUCCUCGAGGAUGUUGCGGACGAGGACGAGGACGACGUCGAGGAGAGUGUGGGUGCGGCUGGUGACUUGGUCCUCAUCAAUGAUGACGUCACCUUGCUGCCCAAGAUCAUUCAGGCUCGGAGGGCAAAGAACAGCGCUGCAGUUCUGCCGCCGGCCAUCGUCCUCACGGGCGCCCGCGGCGACGCCGAGGUGACAGCGGCAUGCGAUGCAUACCAAAAGGCCGGAGGUGUAGCUCGCUUGCUCUUCAAGCCAGCUGGCCCAGCCAAGCUGGAAGCGGUGACGGACUUUUGCCUGCAAUGCUUUGAGCGUGCCCGAGCGGGUGAGCCUUUCCUGACGGAGGAGACGAUGCAUUCGACACCCCUGCCUUCGCCUCGAAACGGCUGGGAACCUGAAAGAGAAGGCAGUAGCUCCUCCAGGCCUGGCAGCUAUAUUGGUGGACGGAUUAGGGACGACGGCCGUCAGGGCGACAGUGAUGACGAGGACGAAGAUGUGGAGAAUUAUGCUCCCGGUGUAGACGCCACGCCGACGGCGAUCACGCCAAAAGCCACUGUCAAUUGGGCCGACCAACCCCAUUCAAGGUCCGCAUCGGCUCGACGGCCACAUCUAGCCGACCUCAGAAGGACAUCACACCACAUCUCGCCCGGCCCACCUGACGGUCAGCACAUGGUCUCCCUGAUCCGGCGGCAUUCUUCCGAAGAUCGACGGCUGCAAAAGGGUGGCAGCCCCGUCUCGGUCGACACCACACCCAGGCCAGACACUGUCGGUCCCAGCAGCACCACCAAGCACACACGUCCUCUGUUGCCGACAAGGAGCAUCACCUACCACGAGCCUCGACUUCAGCGUCACGUCCUCAUGUCACCACUGCGGAGCCCUCAUUCUUCCCGCGUCUUGCCAGACAACGAGCCGCAGGAUUACUUUGGGGCCCACCAUUACCAUCAACAGCAGCUGGGCGCAAGCUCGGGGCCCGGGCAGACGUCUUCGGUGCCCGGCACGCCUGGGUCGACGAUCAGCCUCGACGGCGCAGAGGGCGCUGUUCUCAAAACGGCUCUGCCGUCGCACAAGACUCCGCCAGUGCUCACCAAGCACCGCCUGCAGAUUCUCUUUGUCGAGGACAACGACAUCAACCGACGGCUCAUGGCUGCCUAUCUGAGCAAGAUGGACGUUGACUUUGUCGAGGCCACCAAUGGUCUCGAGGGAGUGGAGAUCUUUGAACAGAGCCCGUCACGGCACUUUGACGUCAUCUUCAUGGAUCUCUCGAUGCCCGUGCUGGACGGAAUGGCGGCGACGGCAAGGAUUCGUAAGAUUGAAGCCGAGCGCUUCCGAGCCGAAGUGAGAGCAAACGGAGGGCGAGCGCCAUUGGUGGCCACGCCUGGAGGUUCCAGGCCCGCAGCCCAGGUCCGGACGAAGAUUCUCACCCUCACGGGUAGGAGCACCGACGAGGACCGGCGACAAGCGUUCGCCAUGGGCGCUGACGGCUAUCUCGUUAAGCCUUUGAGCUUCAAGAGCAUGACGAGCCUACUCAAGAAGCUCACCAAGGGGGACUGAUGGACGUCUCGUCGCCUAUGCUCUCAUCUCUCUAUCUCCUCUCCACAUUCUUGUCUUUGUCCCUCACAUCAUCUUUUCCUCUCCUCGUAGUGUAGAAGCCCUCGUGACCAUGUAUUUUCUUGUCACCCUCCUCAUUCUUCAUAGUCUCUUCUUCCUGUCUCGCCUUCUCAAAACACCAACAGCACCAAGUAGUCGAUGAGGUCUCCGUGGCAAUUCUAGUCCAAUCG